AUGGCCCUCCUGAAAAUCAGAAGUGAGAAUUAUAAUGGUGAAUGUGGUGGGUUCCUGGUGAGCAAGAACUUUGUAAUAACGGCUGCUCAUUGUGGCAAGGGAAGGAACAUCACUGUUUAUCUGGGAGCCCAUAAUCUGAACAAGAAAGAGAAGAGCCAACAAUGGAUCCGAGUGCAGAAGAUGUUCCCUCACAAGAAAUAUAACAAGAUGACUCUGGAAAACGACAUUCUGCUGCUGCAGCUCCAGCAUAAAGCCAGGUUGACUAAGGCAGUGAAACCUAUACGUCUCCCUAAGCCAAGAUGCCGGGUGAAAAAAGGGACCAUUUGCAAUGUUGCUGGCUGGGGGGAUACGUCAGUGAAGAGCCAUUUUCCUCCAGCCACUCUGCAGCAAGUGGAUCUGAGAGUGAAUGAUACCGCCUGUCAGAAGAGGUUUGCCAGGGAAUAUGACCCCUGCACCAUGAUGUGUGCAGAUGAUCCCCAAGGAUUGAAGACACCAUUUAAGGGUGACUCUGGGGGCCCACUGGUCUGCGAUUGA